UGACAUACCGGAUGUUACUAUCAAAAUGCCUCUAGGAGGGAAAACAGGUUUGGGCAGAACUUCUCAUGCCAGUCUGUGUAACUUGUCCAGAUUCCUCACCCGGCUGUUUCCGAAGAGCGACGCAAAUUCGUGCUCUGACCGCAGAAAAGACUCUUGAAAAAUGUUCCUGUAUGUCCUUGGGCUGGUGGCCCUUUGGUUCGUCUUCCGCUGGUUCAAGGAAACCAAAAGGGUGUCCAACAAGGAAGAUAAAUAUGUCUACAUCACUGGCUGUGACUCUGGAUUUGGUAACCUUCUUGCGAGACACCUGGACAAGCUGGGCUUCCGUGUGAUCGCGGCCUGUUUCACUGAGAAAGGUGAGGAUGAGCUGAAGAAGAUCUCCUCCGAGAGACUGACGACCACACACCUUGACGUCACCGACUCUACGAGUGUCAGCAAAACAGCAGCUCUGAUCAAGACUUUGGUUGGAGAAAAGGGCCUGUGGGCUGUUGUGAACAAUGCUGGAGUCGCUUUGCCGACUGCUCCCACUGACUGGCUCAAUAUAGAGGAUUAUAAAUCCAUGUUGGCUGUCAAUCUGUGUGGAGUAAUCGAUGUCACGCUGAGCGUUCUCCCUCUCAUCAAGAAGACCAAAGGCAGAGUAGUGAACGUGUCCAGUGUGUUUGGACGAAUUACCACGAUUGGUGGACCUUACUGUGUGUCCAAGUAUGGAGUGGAGUCCUUUAAUGACAGUCUGCGUUUAAACAUGGCACCGUUUGGAGUCAAGGUCGCAUGUAUCGAGCCAGGGAUCUUCAAAACAAACAUGACUGAUUCAGUGAUGUUGAAGAAAUACGUAAAUAAGCUCUGGGACAGAUUACCUCAGGAUCUGAAGGAUGACUAUGGAUACAUGUUCGUGGAGCAAACUUUUGCAAACAUGGAUGUCAUGUCGAAGCACAUACUUGACGGAGAUUUGAUGAAAGUGGUCGGCAGUAUGGAGCAUGCCAUCUCCGCCGUUCAUCCUCGUACUCGUUACUCUCCGGGAUGGGACACAAAGUUCCUCUGGUUGCCUCUGUCUUACAUGCCAACAUUCAUCUCGGAUAAAUUUCUCCUGAAAAAUUAUCCCAAACUAAAAAUGUCUAUCCAGUAGGUUCAGUCAAAUGAGUUACUGGGUAGAACCCAUUUAGACAAAGAUUGAUAAUGUGUCUUCCUGUGUGACUGUUACUGCAAUACAUGUCUGUAAGUGAAGGUUUACACCAUUAAUGGCAUCAUAUAAACAUAUUUGUCAUGAUAAAA